CACACACAGACAGACUGUGGUCAGUGUUGAGUCCACAGCAGCAGCAGCAGCAGCAGCAGCAGCAGCAGAAGACGAGUGUGAACCCUCCCUGACCCCCUCUGUGACCCCCUCUGUGAGCCCCUCUGUGACCCCCUCUGUGAGCGUUGUCAUGGCGGUGAACGUGGCCGGUGUCGUCGUCAUGGUGAUGUUUUAUCUGCUGGUUCUCGGCGUCGGUGUUUGGGCUUCAGUGAAAUCUCAGCGAGAGGCGAAGAAAAACCGAGGAGACAAAACUGAGAUGAUUCUGCUGGGAAACCGAGGAAUUAACCUGCUGGUCGGCACGUUCACCAUGACAGCCACAUGGGUUGGUGGUGGAUUCAUCGUGGGAACAGCAGAGGCCGUGUAUAAUCCGUCAAUGGGUCUAAUCUGGGCCGUGAUGCCCGUCACAGCCACCAUGUGUUUCAUCAUCGGAGGUCUUUUCUUCGCUGAGCCCAUGAGGAAAAACAAAUACGUGACAAUGAUGGAUCCGUUCCAGACUAAAUAUGGAAAAAUACCAACAGCUGCUCUGUCACUGGCCAGUCUAAUCUCAGAGAUUAUGUGGGUGACAGGAACUCUGAUAGGAUUAGGUGUGACCAUGAGUGUGAUCCUGGAUUUGUCGUACACUGCGAGUAUCUGGAUCUCUGCAGCUGUCGCCAUCACCUACACUCUGAUGGGCGGUCUUUACUCUGUGGCCUACACUGACAUCGUACAGCUCAUCCUCAUCUUCAUUAGCCUGUGGCUGUGUGUCCCCUUUGCUCUGAUGAGUCCUGCUGUGUUGGACAUCAGAGAGACAGCGUCCAACUUCACCUUCCAGCCUCCGUGGGUCGGCAGUCUGGAGACGGACAGCGUCUGGAGGUGGAUCGAUAACUUCCUGCUGCUGGGUUUGGGGAACUUGGGUCUGCAGAACUUCCACCAGAGGACGCUGUCUGCCGCGUCCUCGUCCACCGCUAAGGUCACCUGCUUCGCCGCCGCCUUCAUCGUCCCCACGCUGGGAAUCCCGCCCAUCCUCCUCGGAGCAGCUGCUGCGUCGACAAACUGGAACCUGACCUCGUACGGCUCGCCGUCCCCGUUUGACCGCGGUCAGACCGGACUGGUCCUGCCCCUUGUUCUGCAGCACCUCACGCCGACCUACAUCUCCAUCGUCGGCAUUGGGGCGGUGGCUGCCGCCGUGAUGUCAUCAACCGACUCCGCCCUGCUGUCUGCGGCGUCCAUCUUCACCUCCAACAUCUACAAGACCGUCCUGAGGACACAGGCGUCGGAGCAGGAGGUCCAGUGGGUGAUCCGGGCCUCGGUGGUGCUGGUGGGUCUGGCGGGAACGUCACUCACCUUCCUGAACAACAGCGUCCUGAUGAUCUGGAUCCUGCGCUCCGACCUCACAUACACACUCAUGCUGCCGCAGCUCGCCUGCGUCCUCUUCUUCGACGUCUCCAACGGCUACGGCGCUGUCGUGGGCGGAGCCGCCGGCGUGCUGCUGCGUGUGCUGAGCGGGGAGCCGCACCUCGGGCUCCCGCCUGUCAUCCACUUCCCAGGGUGCACUCUGGUGGACGGCGUCUACGUGCAGCAGUCGCCGAUCAGAACCAUCUGCAUGCUGUCCGCCGUGGCGGCCAUUUUGUUCUUCUCCUUCCUGGCGUCUGUGCUUUUCAACAAAAACUUGAUUUCUGACAAAUGGGACAUUUUUGACGUGAAGAAAACACUGCAGACACAAGGGGGCGCCAAACCUGACACCAGGGAGGCGUGUGAACUCACGUCAGAAUUGACCUGUUAAAGGGAUAUUUGUGAUGUUAUUGAUCUUUUAACAAUGAAGGACAUUCAGCUGCAGCGUGAACACGUUACUCACUGUGCUGAGCGCCACCUGUAGGCAGACAAACAGUAAAGUUUGUAAUCCACUCACUCUCCCACACCAAAGCUCAGAGAAAAUCAGUGAUUUUAACAUCACACACACACACACACACACACAGGAGUGCCGCCUCCAUCACUAAGUUCAAAAACAUAAAGUUUGUUAUCGUUCUCAUUAUAAUUAUGAUCACUAUAAUAUUUAUUUCUAUUAUUAAAUCUGGACACUGAAGAGGACAGAAUGGAGAGUUCUCACAAUAACAUAAAAUGAUGUGAGUUGUCAUAUUUCUGUGUCUAAAUAAAGAAAAUUAUUUCAA